AUGAAGCGCGAACAUACAUCGGACGAUGACAGAUACAGCAGCUCUCGUAAUUCCAAGAGACAAAGGGCUGAUGGUUUCUCUGAGGCUUUGGCUCAAGGCAAAUUUGAGUUGCGUGUGCUUGUAAGCAGUAAAUGUGCCGGAGCGAUUAUCGGUAAAGGUGGUGAGAACAUCAAACGUCUGCGCAACCAGGUAUACGCCGAUGUUGUUUUUAAUGAUCUUGCUUUUAACAGGGUGCUGACGUUGGUUUGCCCAUCGUCGGUGAUUGUUCGUAUCGUCGAAGACAUACUUCCGCGUAUCGAGGAUACUCAAAACGACCGAGACAAAUGCACUAUUCGUCUACUGGUACACCAAUCGCAUGCUGGUGCUUUAAUUGGAAGACAAGGACUGAAAAUUAAAGAGUUGCGCGACAGAACUAAUGCGAGAAUCAAGGUAUUUCAACAGUGCUGUCCGCAAUCUACUGAUCGUAUUGCUAUGAUAUCCGGAGACGACCGCAACGUAAUCGAUGCUGUGGAGCAUAUUGUAGACGAGCUGAAACAAAUCCCAAUCAAGGGCCCAGUGAAUCCUUACACUUCGUUCAACUAUGACCCGGCGUUGGCACCGGACUACGGUGGUUUCUCACCUUCAUAUCCUUCUGGUCGAGGCCCAGCAGCCAUUAGUCCCUUUUCUGGGCCGUAUGGUAGUCCGAUCGGUGGUCCACCACAAUAUGGCGGUGGUCACUUGUCCUAUGGUGGUUAUCCUGGCCAGAAUACUAUCCAGACAACUCAGGUGAGCUCCACUCCUUCAAACAGGUAUGCGUUUUACCAUCGUUUUCAGGUGACCAUCCCAUCUGACCUCGGUGGUACGAUAAUUGGACGUGGAGGCGAUCGCAUCAACAGAAUUCGGGAGGAAUCGGGAGCGCAGAUUCAACUGGAGCCGUCGACAGGACAAGAAGAGCGCGUCAUCACAAUCACCGGCACACAGACACAGAUUCAUGCCGCACAAUAUCUCCUGCAGCAGUGGUUAGUGACAUAG